AUGCCAACAACUACUACCACAACUACCGAACCAACAACAACCACUACCACAACUACCGAACCAACAACAACCACUACAGAGCCAACAACUACUACCACAACUACCGAACCAACAACAACUACUACCACAACUACCGAACCAACAACAACUACUACCACAACUACCGAACCAACAACAACCACUACAGAGCCAACAACUACUACCACAACUACCGAACCAACAACAACCACUACAGAGCCAACAACUACUACCACAACUACCGAACCAACAACAACUACUACAACUACAGAGCCAACAACUACUACCACAACUACCGAACCAACAACAACUACUACAACUACAGAGCCGAUAACUACUACCACGACUACCGAACUAACAACUGAACCAACUACUACAGAGCCAACAACUACCGAACCAACAAAAACUACUACAACUACCGAACCAACAACAACCACUACCACAACUGAAACAACGCCGACCAUUCCACCAUUCUAUCAACCUCAAAGACCAUUUUAUCCAUUCCAACCGUCCUUAUCGUCAAGUAAUGAAGAGCAACCCACUAUUACAACAACUACUAAACCAACUUCAACAACAACUGAACCAUCUACAACAACUACUGAACCAACAACAACAACUACAAGACCUACUACAACAACAACUGAACCAACUACAACAACAACUGAACCUACUACAACAACAACUGAACCAACUACAACAACACCUGAACCUACUACAACAACAACUGAACCUACUACAACAACAACUGAACCAACUACAACAACUACUGAACCAACUACAACAACAACAACUGAACCAUCUACGACAACUACUGAACCAACUACGACAACCACUGAACCAACAACUACAACUACAAGACCUACUACGACAACAACUGCACCAACUACAACAACAAAGCGAACUACAACUAUAAAGAUUACUGAACCAACUACAAAACCUACAACAACAACAACAACAACAGAACCACCUACAACAACACAACAGCCAACUACAACUACAAAACAGACUACUACCACAGAAUCUACGACGACUGAACCAAUUACAACUACUACAACCACAACUACAACUGAAACACUUACCACUACACAAACUACAACAACUACUGAACCAACUACAUCAACUACCGAACCAACUACAACAACAACUGAACCAACUACAACAACUACCGAACCAACCACUACGCCACUAACCACAACUCGACAGACAACAACUAACAAUCCAACUACUACAAGUACACAAUCAACCACAGCUGUGGAUUCAAGCUCAGAGGAAGAUACUGACACAUUUACAACAGAAAAACCAGUAGUUGAACCGCCUUCGCCUGCAGUAAGUGAAAUUCAAUUCAAUUCAAUUCCUUACUGA